AUGGCUGGACGGCUUAUUACCUUCUAUGACUGGAUCAAAGUCCUAGUGUAUCUGUUUGCAUUUACCUCCCUGAUUUCAGAGUGUGUUGCAUUCGGGUACCUGGGAAGCGUUGAACCCCACAGAGGCUUUCACCAGACCUCGCUGGUGUCUAAAUGUAUCAGUGAAGGCGGCAUCCACGUUCUCAAUCUAGUGCUACAUGUUCAGGGUAUGCUAAAGACCCCUGAUAUUGCGGGUCCGAGCGUUUCGCUGGCCCUGUGGCGUCAAGUGCCUAGCGACUACAGAAACUGGGCUCAUGACGCCCUGCAGGACCACCAGAUUAGGUUUCUCGAAGAAAAAGCGCGAUAUCGCAAUCGCCCUUCUAGGAUUUCAUCCCCGGUUGUUGCGCGAGCGGCUCUCCACAGUCGUCCAACCAGUCAGUCGGCAUCGAGGAAUAGAUCUCCCGCAAGCAUGGCAUAG